UCUGAUGUGUCUUUCCUUGCCUUGGAUAUUUCCUAGGGUCCCUUUCAGAGGCAAUUUUUUUUUUUUUUAAAUAGCAUUGACCUUUAUGGAGACUUCACCUGGUAUUCACCAGGAAUUCACCUGGGUAUUUUCUCAUGGCUGCUGAGCUGCACCCAGGAGCUCACAGGAAGAACCAAGAAGACAUUUCUUAGGCUGCAAGUGAUUCACCAAAAAUCAUUGGGAUGCAGGUGGAAAAUGCCAGGGAUCAGAACACAGCCUAGCUUUCAAAUCCAACCAUGCUGGGAGAGCAAGGUCUGGGUUGACCAGGAGAUCACCUGCAAGAGGAGCUACCCAGCAUCUCUUUCCUCUGCAGGGUCUGUGGCAGCUCUCAGCUGCUCUCUCCAGGGCCCCCCACCCAAAUGAAUGCCCCAGGAACUGGAGCUCCCACCCUGUGACUCCCCAGGUGACCAGCAAGUUCCCAAACUCUUACUCUGCUCUCAUGGAGGCAGGACACCAAGUGCCGCAGCCUCACCUGCCUGUGCCACACCUGGAUAAGGAUCACCCCUAAUCCUGCUGGAGCAGCUGAACCUCCUGCAGCCUCUGCAGCACCAAGUGCAAGGGGAAGGAUGCAGUUCCCUGGUUCCCCAGCUGUGAGAAGGAAGGCUGGUUCCUCCAUCGUGAUGCCAGAGUGUGGUCCAUACUGUGGCACAAGUCAGAUUCACCCCCAGGAGGGUGACACUGAGGCUGACAGGGUGCUUGGGCAGAGUCAGAGAGCACUAACUCAUUAUCCAAACAGACCCACAGGAGCUGGGAGCUCCUGUGCACCCCACAGGGGUUUAUCCCCUCAGAGUGGGCAGCACUAGAUCUGGAGUUCUCCCUGAAGAGUUGCACAGAGGGAGAUGAAGCCUCUCGUGAAGAAAAAUAACCCCAUGCAAGAUGAGAACCCACAAGUGGCUGCAAUUUGAGAAGCACUGUUCUGAAGUCCACCUUCUCCUGAGUUUUGCCAGUGGAUCCACGUCAGACUCUGACACACCCAGCUCCUGCCACCGCAGCACCUGCUGUUCCAAGGGGCACCUGUGGCAGAGCCAGAUGCCAGCUGAGGAUCCACCCUGCUCCCACAGGCUGCAGGUGUCCCUCCUGCAUGCUGGCCUGCGCUGGGAGUGAUUUGGUAGCGCAGGUAAGUCAGGCAUAUGGUCAGUGAGAAACACCCAACAGAGGAGGACCUGAGUCAGCACUCUCCAAGGAAACCUCAGAGGAGCAAUGCUGGAAGAACAGAGUGCUGGGGCAGCAGAGCUGUGGGACAGUGAGGACAGAGCCCCAGCCCCAAGGAUGGAGCAGGCUUGCCCCUAGCCUGGCACUGGGCUGGAGGAAGAGGAGGGUGAGGAAGGCUGGUCCCCCACCCAUGGAGCAGAGCGAGCAGCUUCCAGGAUCUGUGUCCUGGCCCACUUCUACCAUGUGGCAGGAGGAGCGAUCAUCCCACUGUCCUCCUUCCCAGAUGCUGGGAGUGGCUGCUGUUACUCCUUGCCAUCUGUGAUGUUUGUGGUGUCAGAGGAGCCUCUGCUGAGGGCCGUCCCAUGAAAUAUGCAUGGCGUGGCCUCUCCUUCUAAAUUGCAUCUCCUCCUGUGCCAAAUUCCCUCCUUGCCUAUUUGUCUCACUUUCAAAUGUUCCUUCACAUUUUACAGCUUCUCAAGCCAUCCAUAACAGCUUCUCCUGGAUUUAUUCCCAUUGCUGGUGCAGGCGAGAGUGCCCAAGGAAGGACUUGGCUCUGUGCUAUCCAGCCUUGGCCAUGUUCCCUGUGUGGGAUAGAGCAGCAUGGCUGUGUCUGUGAUGUGUGUUCCAACCAUGGGCUGGACUGAGCUUCCCAUGUCAGCUGCAGCCACCGUGAGCAGAGACCAGCCCCCUGUGCCAGCAGCACCUGCCUGAGCACGGUGGAGACAGGGACAGUGGCCUUGAGGGCAUAAUGUCACAGCCAAGGGAGAUUGGGAGUGGGGGGCCAGUGCUCUGCAAGGACCCACAGUGGCCCACGAGAGCUUGGUAUGGUCCCCACGGCAGCCUGGAGCAUCCCUUUUUGAUCUCCCUGCCACUAGCAGGGCUGCCAGCUCAGGGAUUUUCUCUGCUUCAGGCACCACCAUCCUGAGAGAAACCUCAUCAGAUUUCACCUCCAUCAAAAGUGGCUUUUUAACAUUUCAUCUCUGAGUUUAGGUCUGAGACUAAAGUUUCUUCAGAAACUCAGACCUGGUUUUGCACCCAGCUAGAUCCUGCAGGGCUGCAGCUCUGCUGGCACAGCAAGCAGCACUUGGAAGCUUUCCCUGCUAAGACCGGGUGAGUGUUUCCCAGGGGUGACUGGUGCCAUUAGAGCCUUUGAAGGGAAUUUUCUCUGUGGCAAUUGGCUGAGAAACAAGGUUUGAACUAAAUCCCAAGAGUUCAUAUGUGCAGUCUCAUCACGACGAGGAACUUUGGGUGAAUUAUUAUUAUCUUUAAAUGGCACAAAAGAGUUAGCACAGGGAAUGUUUUGAAGGAAGUGGAUGCUUUUCCAGAGCUUUGUACCCAGCUCUGUCAGAGGCAAUGCCAUUGCCUGGCUGUCUCUGUGGAAGGACAAGAUGUUCCCAAACAAAACCUUACAAAUGAGCUCAGGGAAUCCCCGUGGUUUCACUGCCGGUUACAGCAAUGUCAGUGUUGGGGAGGGCAGGAAAAAACAAUUGCAGGAACUAAUUUUCCCAUCUCCUGCCUGCGCUGAGCAUUCCCAGCACAAGAUGUCACUGAGGAGCUGGAUUUGGACAACUCUUCAUCAGUCCGGAGUCAUCCUCCGGGAGCCACUGGAAACGGGGCUGGAGAGGUGGGCAUGGCGAAGGAAUAUGGUCACAGAGAAAGGACGUGGGCACAGAGAGGGCAUGAGGGCACAGAGAAGGGACAUGGGCACGAGAAAGUAUGCAGCUGUGAUGCAGCUGUGAAACAAUCCUGCAAAAAGGAAGGGAGCUACCUGAUCUCCCAGGCCAGCUCUCAGGAGCAUUCCUGGACGUGGGGUGUCAGGGAUGUGCUCGGUAAUCUCCGGAGCUCAGCACUGGGUGCGCCGGGGAGGAACAGCUCAGGCAAACGCCUGCCACAAGAAGGACAGGCACUCGCUCUGCCUGGGAAGAUCCCGAGGUCCUGCCAGCCCUCUCCGGUGCUCCGUGGAGCAGGCAAAGCCCAACAGCCCCAGCCCAUGACGAGGGAGCCAAGUCUGCUGCCUCAAGCAACCUAAGCACCCAUGGACCCCACCAAAUGAGUGAGGAUUCAGCUGAAACUCCUAAAAUGUUCACGCACCCAUCAGGAGGACAGGGGCAAGUACAGGGGCUUGUAACAUCUCUCCCAUAACAGGUUCCGCAGGUCUGAGAUCCCUUCUCCAUGUGUUUCCAGUUCCCCAGACUGGACAUACCACAGCCUGCCCCAGGGAUGGCUACGAGGGAGCAAACACCCUUUGAUGCAUCCUUUGGCCCUCCCUGGGGAUGUCUGAGCAGUCAGUACCCCCUUUGCCCCUCAGGAUUGGCCCCAGUGCUUCCCACAGGUCCCCUUCAGGGCUCCCUUGGGACCUUCACAAUUUUCCCAAGGCUCCUCCAAGGGCAUGAGCUCCUCUUUGCCCCGCUCCCAGCAGCGCUCCAAGAACAGAGUUCCCUUCAGGCCCCACCCACGGCUCCCCUCGAGCCCAGGGGCACCUGCCCCUCCAGGCCCUCCCUGGGGCUUUCGGGGAGGGAGGUGCCCCUGGGACCGGCUGCUUCAAGGGGAUGGGACUGGGGAAGGCACCGGGCAGGCAGCUGGGGGAGCGGGGUGCACUGGGCAGGGUGGCUCCAGUCCUGGUGCUGGCCCCGGUGACCUUGCUAGUCCCGGUUCCUAUCCCCGACCCGGUACCUAUGCCAGCAUUGGUCUUGCUCGCAGUUCCGAUCCCAGUGCCAAUCCCGGUACCGGUGCUGGUCCCGGUUCCUGUCCAGGUCCGAGUCCUGGUGCCCCUUCCGGUUUCGGUUCCAGCGCCGGUCUCGGUGCCGGUCCCGUUCCCAGUUCCACUGCCGGUCCCUGUCCUCGUGUCGGUGCCAGUCCCGGAAUUAGUCCCAGUCCCAGUGGCGAUCCCGAUCCCAGUUCCCAUCCCCGUGGCGGUGCUGAUGCCUGUCUCGGUGCCAGUGCCAGUCCUAUUCCCAGUCCCGCUGCCGGGCCGGUGCCGAUCUCAGAAUCAGUCGCUGUCCCAGUGCCGGUGUCGGUGCCGGGGCAGGGCCGGGCCGCGGGGCCGGUUCCGGCGGCAGCAGAGCGCGGCCAAAGGCGGGGCGGAGCGGGGCCGUGGAGCAGAGCCCGGGGGCGGUCCCGCGCGGGCCGUACUUAAGGCGGCGGCGGGCGGCGGCCCCGCCGUACCCAUGGCUCUCCCGAGCGCCGCCCGGGCGCUCCGCGCCGCCGUUCGUCGGUGCGAUCCCCCGAGCCGCCCGCGCUCCGCGCCCGCCGCCGCCCCUCGCGGGUUCUCCCCGGCGGCGGCGGGUGCGGGACCCCGGCCGGGGCCGCCCCCUCCCCCGCGGAGCGCAGAGCGGGGCCCGCCGCCGCCCGCCGUGGAUUUCGGGGACCCGCGCGAGGCGUUCCGCAGCAAGAGCAACGCGGAGCUGCUGCGGGGGCUAGUGGUGCUAGGGCUGUGCGCCGUGGAGCCGCUGGUGCAGCACAACCGGGAGCUGCUGCAGUUGUGCCAGCGAUUGCUGGGGCAGACGCUGUUCGAGCGGCUGAUGAAGAUGACGUUCUACGGGCAGUUCGUGGCCGGGGAGGACCAGGAGGCCAUCAAGCCGCUGCUCCGGCGGAACCAGGCCUUCGGCGUGGGCGCCGUGCUGGAUUACAGCGUGGAGGAGGACCUGGGCGACGGGCGCUCCCGCACCUCUGCAGCCGAGAAGGAGAUGGGAGGAGCAGAAAAAAGGGAGAAGCAAUACCGAGCCCAUCAGGGAUUUGGGGAUCACCAUGGUGGAGUCACUGGGGCGCACACCUAUUUUUAUGCCGAUGAAGCCAAGUGUGACGAGCACAUGGAGACUUUCCUUCGCUGUAUUGAUGCCUCAAGUGGCAGCUCAGAGGACGGCUUCUCUGCCAUCAAGCUGACAGCACUGGCCAGACCCCAGUUCCUGGUGCGUUUCUCAGAGGUGCUGGUAAAGUGGCGGAGGUUCUUCUACCAAAUGGCUGCAGAGGAGGGCCAGGCUGGGUGGGCAGUGCUGGACACAAAGCUGGAGGUGGAGAAGCUGCAGGAGGCACUGGCCAACCUUGGCAUUGCAAGCAAGGCAGAGAGCCAGCAGUGGUUCACAGGCGAGAACCUGGGCAAGAGCGGCACUGUGGACCUGCUGGACUGGAACAGCCUGUUUGACAGCCGCACCAAGCUCUCCAGGCCUCUGCUCAUCCCCAACAGGAAGACUGGGCAGCUGGAGCCUCUGCUGUCACGCUUCAGCGAGCAGGAGGAGCUGCAGAUGAAGAGGGUGCUGCAACGCAUGGAUGUCCUUGCAAGGAGAGCCAUGGAGAAGGGUGUGAGGCUGAUGGUAGACGCGGAGCAGAGCUACUUCCAACCGGCCAUCAGCCGCCUCACCGUGGAGACGCAGCGCCGCUUCAACAGGAGCCAGCCCAUCAUCUACAACACCUACCAGUGCUACCUGAAGGAGGCUUACAACAACGUGACAGGGGACGUGGAGCUGUCGCGCCGGGAGGGCUGGCACUUCGGCACCAAGCUGGUGCGUGGUGCCUACAUGGAGCAGGAGAGGGAGAGGGCGGCUCAGAUGGGCUACGAGGAUCCCAUCAACCCAACCUAUGAGAAGACCAACGAGAUGUACCACAGGUGCCUGGAGUAUGUCCUGGAGGAGAUCAAGCGCAGCCGGAAAGCCAGCGUGAUGGUGGCAUCUCACAAUGAGGACACCGUGAAGUUCACCCUGCGCAGGAUGAUGGAGCUGGGGAUCCAUCCCUCAGACAAGAAGGUGUGCUUUGGGCAGCUGCUAGGCAUGUGUGACCAGAUCACCUUCCCCCUGGCCUCUCUCCCUCAGGCCAGGCGGGUUUCCCCGUGUACAAGUACGUGCCCUACGGGCCGGUGAACGAGGUGCUGCCUUACCUGUCCCGCCGGGCCCAGGAGAACAGGGGCUUCAUGCAGCGGGCGAACCGCGAGCGGGACCUGCUCUGGAAAGAGGUCAAGAGGCGUCUCCUCACAGGAAACCUCUUCAGCCACUGACCCCAGCUUCAGCCCUGGGGCUCCUGUACCUUCGCCCUGAACCACUAUCACCAUUCCCCAUCCCAGUUCUGCUGCAGCUCCCCCAGCCCCUUUGCCCUGGGAGAGAAGUGUCCUUGUUGCUGUUGAACCACUCACACCUUCGGUGGCCUCUGCGAUCGCCCUGCUGGCACUGCUGCUCCAGGGAUGUCCCUCUGCCAUCCCACGGCCUGUCGAGCUGUCCCUGGGGAGAUGCUGGGGCUCUCCUGUCAGACUGCUCUGUGCCUUGAUGAACGCUGUCCCAGUGUUUUUUCCCUGGCAGGAUUGCACAGGGUGAUUUAUCCACUUGCCUUGUGCCCAUGGGCUCAGGUCCAGGUGGGCUGGGUGACUUGGGGACAAGCUGGCCUCAGCCAGAAGCUCCUCCAGCCUCUGCCAGGGUUGGAGCUUAGCCUCCACCAGACCUUUGUAGCGCAGGAUCAGCCCCUGUUGCCUGUUCCAGACAGCUACCUGCCUGCUCACUGGCUUUGCACUGACCAGAGCUGGGCAGGUCCACGCUCUCCCCCAUCCCACUGGGAUAAGCUGCCUGGGGUUGUCCAUCCUCAGGCACAUGUCCAAUGGAGCAGGAGGGGUGAGGGGAGUGGGCUGGCCCCAUCCCUGUACCAUUCCUGCCCACAGUGCCUGGUUCUAAUGAUGGACCACGGCAGUGGGAGCACCAGGAGCUGGACCACAGCUCGUCUCUGCUGUACACUGGAUUUGUAGAGAAUGGAAAUUAUUAAAUCACAACUGUUCCUGC